AUGGAUAUGAUAUUCAAACUGUCACUACCAAAAAACCCACUUUUUCCGGUGGCCAAAUCCGCCGGAAAAAGUGGCGCCGGUGAUUGUUUUUCUGACAAAAUUUCCGGCGGAUUUUCCCCGUUUCCGGCGGAUCACGGCCGCCGGAAAUUUUUCGCCCUUGUCUAUCCUGUUGCUCCUCCCUCUGUCGUCGUCGCUCCGCCUCCAACCGCUGUCGCUCCUCCUCCGCCAAACGUCGCUCCUCCGCCGCCCACCAUCACUCCUCCCCCGCCAAAUGUCGCUCCUCCGCCUCCCGCCAUCGCUCCUCCUCCGCCAAACGUCGCUCCUCCUCCGCCAUCCGUUGGCGCUGACUUUGUUCCUUGUCCGCCGGAAAUCCGCGGCGGAUUUCGUCCGCCGGAAACGACGCCGGAAAUUGUCAGUUUUCUAGUAGUGUGUAAGCAUGGGAAUUGA